AUGCUUCUAUCCUUGUCCUCUCCCAUCCCAGAUCUCUUAACAACUCUCCACAAGAUCUAUGCAUAUACCAAUGUAGGACAACAGUUAGUAAAGCAAACUGAGCAGAAUACUAGUGACAACAACUUGUACAAGUUUUCAAAUGGACUGCUAUAUUACAAGGACAAAUUUUUUAUACCUGACAUUUCACAGCUUUGCAGCAGUAUUCUCCAUGAGUACCAUCACACCCAAAUAACAGGAUAUUUAGGUGUUAAAGCCACUUUGGCACACCUAUCUUCUUCUUUCAGUUGGCCCGGAGUUCACCUUGAAGUCAAAAAAAUGGUUAAGCAAUGUGCCAUUUGCCAGCAAAAUAGAUAUCAAACUCAGAAGAAGAAGGGACUUUUAUAA